ACGAGAUCUACUGUACUGCAAUCAGACGAUUCGCGUCUGUUAUACUAGAAACUUAUGCAAUAUCUAUAUCUUAUACGUGCAUCCUAAAAUUUAUUUAACGUAUAGUUUACAGACUUUUCAAAAACUUACUUUUCAAAUUUUUAAAAAAGUUUAUAUACAAAAAUGUUAAAUUUUUCACAAUUUGGCUGUGGUAAAAUUGCAUACAAACUUUUAACUGAAGACAACGUUGAAUCAGCAUUAGAAAUUCAACAGAAAUCAAUGUGUGAUGAAAAUGUGGCAAUUGGAGUUGGACUUUUUGAAGAAGAAGGUGCACCGGAAUCAAUGAAAUUUGUAUUUAGAGAAGUUAUUAAAGAUAAUUGUACUGUUGUUGCCGUUGAUACUGAAACGGAUGAAGUUGUUGCGGUGUCAUUUAACAAAUUACAUGUACAAUCAAAGGACAAUGAAAUUGAUUUUCUUGAAAAAGUAAUACAAAAUCACGUGAAAAAACAUUCAGCUCUCGCUUUGAUACAAUUCCUAGAUGACGCUGAGUCAAAAAUCAACAUAUUCGAAAAGUAUGACGUUUCAGCGGCAAUGGAAAUUUUUUAUAUUGGAACAGAUCCAAAUUAUCGUGGCCGUCGAAUAGGUCAAGAAAUUUUGGGAGCAUCUCUAGCACUAGCGAAUGACUUAAAAAAUCCAAAAAAUGAAAGUAAAGUUAAACCAGAAGCUGUUUUUGGAGUAUUUACCUCAAAUUAUAGCCAAAGACUUGCAGAGUGCUAUAAUUUUGAUUGGUUAUGGACAGCUUCAUAUUCUGAUUACGAGUAUUUUGGUAAAAAAAUGUCUGCUAGAAUAAAUAAUGAACAUAAAACUGCAAAAUUUGGAGCCCGAAGGUUAUAAGGAAAAAUAUUUCUUUAAAACCAUUAACUCAUCAGAUUUUUUUUCAUCACGAAUAAUCAAAAAUUUGAUUACAAUGUAGUUGUAAGAAAACUAA